CUAUUUUGAAAACUAUUUCUUUCGGUGCAAUGUCGGAGUCGAGUUCAGACGAAGGCAGUGGUCCCGUCUCGUGGACUCCCUACUGCCAGAGGGAUGAUUGGCGAGACGUGGUGCCCGUUCCUCAGGAUGACGGACCACAUCCCGUUGUGCAGAUUGCUUACUCUGACAAGUUCAAGGAUGUGUACGACUACUUUCGUGCUGUGAUAUCAAAGCAUGAGAUCAGUGAACGUGCACUCAGUCUUACAAAGGAUGCCGCAGAACUGAACCCUGCCAACUAUACAGUCUGGCAUUACCGCCGAGUUCUUCUGAAAGCUUUGAAGAAAUAUAUUAAACCAGAGCUUAGUUACAUCUCUGAUGUUAUAGAAGAUCACCCCAAAAACUAUCAAGUGUGGCAUCACCGCCGUGUCAUGGUGGAGUGGCUCAGCGACCCAUCACAGGAACUCAAGUUUACCUCACAGAUACUGCGAGGGGAUGCCAAAAACUACCAUGCUUGGCAGCACAGACAAUGGGUGAUCCAACACUUUGGUUUGUGGGAAGGUGAGCUGGACUAUGUGGAUGCGCUUCUUCAAGACGACUUAAGAAAUAACUCCGCCUGGAAUCAACGCUACUUUGUUGUCAGCAACACAACAGGUUUUACAGGAGAGAGGCUGGAGGAGGAAGUAAGAUAUGCUCAAGAUUUUAUUAAAAAGGCUCCAAACAAUGAAAGUGCUUGGAAUUACUUAAAAGGGGCGCUGAUGGACCAUGAUCUGAGUAAGUACCCAGGCCUGAUGGACUUCUGUCAACAGCUGUAUGAGAACCGGUACCGCUCACCGUACCUGAUGGGCUGUAUGGUGGAUACGUAUGAGGAGAUGCUAGAAAAGGACUGUGAUGACAAACACAAUGUGCUAGACAAGGCCACAGCACUGUGCAAGUCCCUGGCAGAGGAGUUCGAUACCAUCAGGAGUGAAUAUUGGAACUAUGUUUCGAGAGUGUUAUCUACUAAAUUUGGAAAUACAAACUCAGACACAACUCCUACAGGACCUUCCUAGUCCAUGUUGUACCAGUAUAUUAAUACCUCCCUACUCGGUGCCCAGAAAAUGCUGCACUUUGUUACUAACACUAUUCAGGAAAUGUUUGGAGAAUUCUGUAUUAUCGGGAUGUUCAAUGUCUGUACUAGACUGGGAUUUAUAUACAAUAUAUCUCUUGACAAGUGACCAGUUUCCAGAGUCUCGGAAAUCAAGUGAUCUCAAACUCAUGCUUUAUAUUAUUGAUAUGUGAUAUCUGUGUAGAGGACCUUCACGUUUUUGUUUCAUAUGAGAUCAGUGAAGUUAGAAAAAAUAUUUAAUUGAUAUUUUUUCCAUAUAUUUCAUAUGAAAUGGAAAGAAGAUUCUGUUGAUCACAUUGCUAAAAAUUGUUUUGCAAACAUUUGUGAAAACAGUAAAUUCUCCGACUAAAAUGAUCGACAACCUGAAGUCCAUCUGUGUAAGGUGUUACUUAUCAAUAACACAGUUUAUGUAUUGGGUAUUGUGACACAACAUUAUCAAAGACUACUUAAUGUUUUCACAAUAGCAAGAAUAAAGUUACAUUUUAUAUUCAAAAGAAAGCACAGUAUUCACUCAGUGUUUCUGAAUAUUUAAUAUUAAAUGCCAUGUAAAAUCCCUUGCAUGCACCUGUCAUAUAGUGAAACCUUCCUGUGUAUAUAUCAUAUUCAAUCAGGUAAAUAAAUUGUAGUUUUGUUUUCAAAAUAAGCAAUGUUAAUCAUGUCAGUGUGAUUAUAAAGGAAAAGCAAUUUUUGCUAUGGUAAUAAGGUCACUAUUUCACUCGAAUCCCUUAAGGAUUAUCAUAUGCUAUUCAAAUAUGCAGGGAUCUGUACAUCAACAACGAAAUCUUAUGGCUGCAAAGAUAGAUGUUCCACCUCCUAGAAAGAAAUAGUCCAUUUCUUAGGAACACAGAUGUUCCACAGGUAAUCAGCCAAGGAAAAAUCAUGCCAAACUGGAAAUUAUAUUGUAAAUAUAUAGUAUUACAUGAUAUGGUUUACAAGUCUACUGACACGCAGAUGAACUCAAGGUUCUGCAGUGUAAGUAUGCAUGUUUUGUGGUAUCAUUCAAGUGCCAGUUAAUGUGGCCAGAAAUUCUGGUUGAGGUGUUGAAUUGGUCUAUCUUACCAGAAGGUCUGAUGUAAGUGCACCUCGUCCCAAAGUCGUUCAGUCCACAUCUAUAUGUAGCUAGGUGUAAGCCGUUGUUGAAAGAAGCUUUUUGAGUUGUGUGGUCCAAAGGUCUGGGUGAGGUGAGCAAGUUCACCUGGUCCAAAGGUCUGGGUGAGGUGAGCAAGUUCACCUGGUCCAAAGGUCUGGGUGAGGUGGGCAAGUUCACCUGGUCCAAAGGUCUGGGUGAGGUGAGCAAGUUCACCUUGUCCAAAGGUCUGGGUGAGGGGAAAGUUCAUAUGGUUAGGAGGUAUUGGCAAGGUCAAAGUUCACCUGGUCCAAAGGUCUGGGUGAGGGGAAAGUUCACCUGGUCCAAAGGUCUGGGUGAGGUGAGCAAGUUCACCUGGUCCAAAGGUCUGGGUGAGGUGAGCAAGUUCACCUGGUCCAAAGGUCUGGGUGAGGUGAGCAAGUUCACCUGGUCCAAAGGUCUGGGUGAGGUGAGCAAGUUCACCUGGUCCAAAGGUCUGGGUGAGGUGUGCAAGUUCACCUGGUCCAAAGGUCUGGGUGAGGGGAAAGUUCAUAUGGUUAGGAGGUAUUGGCAAGGUCAAAGUUUACCUGGUCCAAAGGUCUUGGCAAGGUCAAAGUUUACAUGGGCUGAAGCAUAUGAAGGCAUUCACUUGAUUAAAAGUGUAAGGGUCUAUGGUGUUAUGUUAUAUGUCAAUGCUAGAUUAUAUACUCACACUGUGUUCAGUAUGUUGAUGGAAAGUGCUAAUUGAGUUGUGAUCAUUACAGUAUAAGUGUUUGAUAAAUAUUUAAUACUUAAUUGUACAUUACAGAUUCAGAUUAAAUUUGUUUGUUUUUUUACAUUAUUGUUUUCUUAGUAUUUGUAAAUGAACAUGUAUCAGAAGCAAGCUUAUAAGUCGUGUAACUGAAUAGUUUUUAUUAAUUCAAAAGAGUGUUGGAAAAGGAAUAAUAUGAAGAGUAUUGGAGCUGCAGAUAUAAAAAUUGAAAUUAGAUGUUGCAAAGAAGUUAUAGAUUAAUGAGUACUAUACAACAACUUUUUCCACUCGGGCUUUACACAAAUUUCGAACCCACAGUCCUAAACAGUGCUUAAUUAAAACACAGUUACAUCCUGAAAGCUGAAGUCAAACCAUACUAUCAAUAAUGACACAAAAUAAGGUCAAAAAGCAUAUAACAUACAAAUGUAAGCUAGUCGGUUUUUACAAGGUAUGAGUGCAUGUGCCUCUUGUGUAAAAAAAUCCCCAUUGGAUUGAGAUUUGACUUGGAAAUUUUGUGUUGUAAGAUAAAGAAAAACCAUGGAUUUUAAUGAGAUUAUAUACUUAUGUUAUUGCUACCAUAUGUUAAUCCAUGAACACUGAAGGAAUAUGAAUUUGACUAUCUUGUGUAAAAACUGAAUGCUGUUCGAUUUUCACAUUUAUUGUACAAGGAGAGGUGCAUUUAUUUAGGAUAUAUUAGUGCUUAAGCCUAUAGGUGCCAACAUAAGCCACAUACUUAUUAUAUUAUUCUAACACACCUGGCAUGAUAACCAGUGAGGUUAUGGUUUGGUGCAUUCUUAUCUAUCUAACUCACAUGGCCUGCACUGAGCUUGUGGUUUGGUGCAUUCUGAUCUAUCAGAGUUAAUUCCCUUUGUUUCACUCGGCGAUACAGUAGUAUAGGGAUAAGCUAAUUGACAGGCCAUGGGUAUGGUGCAGCAUCUGUCGUUGGUAUAUCAACUUUUUUCUUUAAUUGAACAACAUUUUUUGGAAAUGUUUAAGAAUUUUUUAUAUUUAGGCAGCUGAUAUUGGAUAGAGUGCGAUGAAGUUUCCUUGUAAUUUUAAGACCAUAGAGGUCAAAUAUAUAUUAAAGUACAAUGUACUGAAAUUUUCUGCACCAGUUCUGGAAUAUCCGGUGCCAUUUUGACCAUGAGGUUUCUUGGAUGAAGUCAUGUGAACGAAUUUGACCUAAAUUAAAUUUUUAGGCAAGCAGUGUGUUCAUAUUGUGUUCACGGUCAGAUAAAGGAUCAACUUUGUAUAUGUACAUUGGCAAAUAUCCAUUAAAAAGAAAAAUGACCUCUGAUUAAAUACUUUGCCAUUAACGUCAAAUAUCCUUGUGAGCGUUACAUGUCCCUUCAGCUUCUUUUUCAAUGUCAAAUUGUUGAAAUAAAUGUCCUCUGUUUG